GCUGGCUCGGCGCGUGGCACAGGCGGCACCGUACGGCACCCGACCAGGACCCAGCUCAGUGCACGAUGAGGACCGCCGUCCUGCUGCUGGUGUGCGGCGCGGCGCUGGCCGCCGCCCAGAGCGAGGAGUGCGCCGAGGAGGACGUCAGCUUCGAGCUGGUCACCGGCUACGUGUACAGCGCGCCGGCAGACAUGCUCGACUCGCGGGCCGGUACGCUCAUGCUCACCGAGUGCAUCGACAUGUGCCGCAGCAACGCCACCUGCCAGGCCUUCAACUACGAGACCGGCCUCUGCGUGCUCAUCGACUCCACCGCUGACGGCCAGGAAGAUGCGUUGACCAAGUCGCAGUUCCCGGUGUUCACCAUGUACGUGCAGAAAAUGUGCUACGCCAACGCGCCGCGCUGCCGCAGCGCCUGGGCCUUCGAGCGCGUGCGCGGCUUCGCCCUCAAGGGACUGACCAAGAAGACGGUGACGACCGAGACCCGCCUGGCCUGCCAGGAGGCGUGCCUCUCCGAGACAGAGUUCAUCUGCAGGUCGGCGUCGUACACGGCCGAGACGUCCGAGUGCCAGCUGUCGGACAUGGACCGGCACACGAGCGCCAGCAUGGGCGCCUUCCAGGAACAGGAGGGCACCGACUUCCUGGAGAACAACUGCGUCGACGAGCCGGUCAAGCUGUGCGAGUUCCAGGGGCUGGAGGGCCGGAUUCUGAAGACGGUCGACUCGGUGCACCAGCAGGUGGAGACGAUCGAGGAGUGCCGCGAGCUGUGCCUGGCGGCCAACUUCCGCUGCCACACGUACGACUACGGCGACACGGGCGACAAGGUCUGCCGGCUCAGUCACCACGCCGUGGCCACGCUCAGGCAGAUCGAGGAGGCGUACCUGGAGAUCCCCGGCUCCACCAGCUACGAGCUCAGCUCCUGCUACAACGUCACCAUCGACUGCCGCGCCGGCAACAUGGUCGCCCACAUCAAGACCAGCAAGCUCUUCAGCGGCAAGGUCUACGCCAAGGGCAACCCCAACACGUGCGUCACCGACGUGAACAACAGCCUGGAGUUCGAGCUGACCAUGGGCUACAGCGACCUCGAGUGCGACGUGAAACGCGACGGGCCGGGCAAGUACCACAACGACGUGGUGCUGCAGCACCACGACCGCAUCGUCACCUCGGCCGACCUGGGACUCAGCGUGCACUGCCAGUACGACCUGAGUAAUAAGAGCGUCAGCAACGCUGUCGACCUGCAGGUCAAGGGCGACAUCCAGCCGGUGCUGGAGGAGCAGGCGGUGGUCGACUCGCCGAACGUGCUGAUGCGCAUCACCGACCCGGACGGCAGCGAGGUGCAGGCGGCCAGCGUCGGCGAUCCGCUCAGCCUGCGCUUCCAGAUCGUCGACCCCAUGUCGCCGUACGAGAUCUUCGUGCGCGACCUGGUCGCCAUGGACGGCUCCAACAACAACGAGAUCCUGCUGAUCGACGCCGACGGCUGCCCCACCGACGAGAGCAUCCUGGCGGCGCUGCUGCGCGUCAACGACACCAAGCUGCUGGCGUCCGCCUUCGACGCGUUCAAGUUCCCCACCUCGGACGUGGUGCAGUUCCGCGCGCUGGUCACGCCGUGCCUGCCGCGCUGCGAGCCGGCCGUCUGCGACGUGCGCGACUACGCCGGCAGCCUGCGUCAGACCGAGAGCUACGGUCGGCGCCGGCGCAGCCUCGACCGCGUGCGCCGCGACGUCGAGGAGGAGGAGCUGCUCGUCGUCCAGUCGAUCCGCAUCAGCGACAAGUUCGGCGCGCGCCGCGGCGCCGCCGCGCAGCCGGCGGCCGAGGGGCGGCCGGACGCGCCGGCGGUGGCGACGGCGCCCGUCGCCGGCUGCCUCAACACCACCGGCCUGCUGGUGGGCGGCUCGCUGCUGGUGCUGGCGCAGCUGGCGCUGAACGCCCAGCACUAUCCGGACAGCAGCGGCAGCAGCCUGGCGCAGCUCUACGACUCGGGCUACUCGACGCGACGCGCCUGA